CGAACAUAUAGGUCCACAGGAUAUCCUUUUGGCUGAUGAUCCAUGGCAGAUCCAGGUGUACGGUGUUACACGUAGUGCCAUUGGGUCGAUCUCGGAUUAUAUUUACGUUUUGGCUUGCUGACUCGCAAGAUUACCGAUAUUCCCACGUUGUGUGCCAUGUGAAACCCGAAAACACUCUUCACAAUCCAGGCCAUCCUUUGUUUUUCUAUCUGCGACGAACAUCUCUCUCUAGUUUUCGAUCCUGAUCGAGCUCCACGAACAGUCAUGUUUUGAGGCGCCGGCGAUCAUGAGCUACGAACCAUAACGACAACCGUUGCACCCCUCCCUCGACAAAUCCAGUUUAUACACCAUGGCGGAAGACAAUAGAGGACCUCAGUUGGUCAUCGUCACACUUGUGUUGCUUGUCUUGUGCUGGGUUUCCGUUGGCCUGCGAUGUUUCUCAAUGAGCUUCGUCCUCAACCGCUUUUACGCCGCAGACUGGUUGACACUAGUCACUUUGGCGGCAUAUACAGCAUACUCCUCUUUCGCGUUGCUCGGUGUGCACUAUGGUCUAGGCGCUCACGUUGCCGACGUACCGGUAGAGGACCGUCCCAAGGCGCUACUAUAUAAAUGGGCAGCCGAAGUGGCGUACGUCAUAACGGCGGUCCUGGUCAAAUUCAUCAUCGGGAUCCUCCUCUUACGCAUCUUCAAGGGCCACUUUUGGCAGCGCAUCACCCUUUGGGCUCUCCUGGGUGUCGUGAGCAUCUACAACGCCUUUUACGUCUUUAUGAUCAUCUUCCAAUGCGUUCCGGUGCAGUACUUCUGGUAUCGAUAUGACCCGGCUCAGCCCGUUAGCGGGAGCUGUAAUAAGAAGUUGCUAGCAAUUGUGCCGACAUGCAUCUCGUUUUUCGUCAACGUUAUGUCUGACCUGAUACUGGCUCUGCUUCCCGUGUCCGUUGUCUGGCAUGCAAAAAUGGACCGCCGCACCAAGAUCUCUGUUUCUUGUGUAUUGGCCCUCGGCUCCAUUGCCUCUCUGGCGACCAUUGCGCGUAUUCCAUACACCUCACAGCUACUCUCAAACCCUGACUACCUCUAUAACUUCACCGAUAUCGCCAUCUGGAGCACGGUUGAGAUCGGUCUCGGCCUAGCCGCAUCAUCGCUGGCCACACUGAAGCCGCUCUUCCGCAGAAUGAAACUAUUCACCACAACCAGGUACGAAACCAAUUCGACCUGGGCCGGACCGGAAUCCGGGACCCGGCGCAGAACUGGGACCGCCAGAUCGUAUGUACGGAGCAAACCAUCCACCUCUGCGAACUAUGGUUCACAAACACACGAAAAGUCGGUGUUCUCUGCGAAACGGAGGGAUUUCAUCGAGUUACAGGGUAGUAUGAGCUACGGUAGUGUCAUUACGACUAUAACGGCUGACCGCGGAGGUGAUGAUGAUUAUGAUGAAGGUCGUGACACUCAUCCGACGGCAUCACGGCACCCGACAGUGCAUUGUACCAAAUCUAUGUCUGUCAACGUUCAGAAUUUUGCGCCCUCCAGGGGCACGGCGGGACAGCCAGCUGGGGGCUACGCAAAUAUGGUGUAGAGAUCUUGACGGAAAUUCAGAACAGUAUCCAUUUUCCAUGCGAUACGCGAAGUCUUUGGCAGAAACCAGUAUCAUAUGCGGGUGCUGUUGUACGAAAUGCAACGAUGCUAUGAGAGUUCCUCUACUGAACCAAUCCAAGUUCGUCU